GUGCAGUGGUCGUACAAGCAUCGGGAGUUCGUGAAGAUGCCCGAUCCACCGGAUAUCAUAACGAUACUCAACGUCUCCGGCACCAUGCUGCACAAGGAGAGCGAGGAAGCCAAGAAGCAGACGUCCGGUGGAUUGCUAGCCGACGAAGACGAGCACGAAGCACAAGAGGCGGCCGAAGGGGAGGGCGAGGACGCCGAUGCGGAGGACGAGGGCAUCGAGGAGGACGAGGAGGAGCGAGGCGAAGAAGGUUAGCGGCAUCGGCGAAGAGGAGACGUCGAAAGCGGCCGACGGCCAAGCGAACGCGGACGACCCGGAAGAAGAGGAGACCGAGCGAGCGAGGCCCAAGAAAAUCCCCAAUCAAUUCAACUUCUGCGAGCGAGCGGCACUGACCUACCCGUGUCCGCACCGCGACAUGUCCACGCAGACCGUGCCGCCGCCCACCGCCAGCUUCAACGCGAGCGUCUUCCAGUGGACCAUCUUCGACGACUACCAAGAGGAUUACGCAGCGCAGCAGCGCGAGAAGGAAAAGGACCGCAAGGUGCUCGCGCAGCAGACCAAGAAGGACGACCCGAAGAAGAAGGCCCAGCUGGAAAGCGCGGCGACGACCAACCGAAUGCUGCAGGCGCUGAAGACGCUCGAGAGGAUGGUCAAUCAGAACAUCUUCGACGAUAUAUCUCAAGAUUACAGGUACUGGGACGACCCGAGUGACGAGUUCAAGGAUGGCGAGGGCUCGCUGCUGCCGCUCUGGAAAUUUAAUUACGAGAAGACCAAGAAGCACGACGUCACGGACCUCUGCUUCAAUACUCGCUACUACGAUCUGUUCGCUGUGGCUUUCGGAUCCAUGACCUUCGACAAUCCGAUGCCGAGCGGGGCGGUCUGCCUGUUCUCGUUGAAAAACCCAUCGUAUCCCGAGUGGAUUUGCACAACUGACUCGCCGGUCAUGUGUCUGGACUUCAACAGAGACAAUCCGCAUUUGCUGGUCGUCGGCACGAUGGACGGCUCGGUGGCAGUGUACAACGUUCAACUGUCGUCGUCGGCGCCCCAGUACAAGAGCAACGAGGUCGUUCAGAAACACGGCGGUAUCGUCUGGCAGGUCGUAUGGGCACCCGAGACAGAAGAAGGUAACCUGGCGUUCUUCAGCGUGAGCAUCGACGGUCAAAUCAAUCACUGGGUGCUCAAUCAGAACGAUCUCGGCGUCACCACUGUGAUGACGCUGUUUCUCGACAAACCGCCGAUUCCCGGGCCCGACGGCACUCAGAUUACUCUCAAAGGUUGCGGUACUUGCAUAGCGUUCCACCCGACAGACCCUCACGUUUUUCUCGUGGGCACGGAGGAGGGUGCAAUUUACAAAUGUAACACGGCUUACAGUAGCGUGUACAUGCGCACGUACGGCAAUGCUCACGACAUGCCCGUCUAUCGUAUCGUCUUCAACAAGUACAACUCGAGCAUAUUCGCCAGUUGCUCGGCCGAUUGGCGAGUCAAGAUCUGGGAAGACGACCGGCCGGAGCCGCUCUUCAUGUUUGACUUGGGCGUACCCAUCGGUGACGUACAGUGGGCGCCGUACAGCUCGACGGUUUUGGCCUGCGUGACCAACAGUGGCAAGCUCACCGUCUUCGAUCUCAAUGUCAACAAGUACCGGCCGAUUUGCAGCCAAGCCGUAGUCAGCAAACGACGCGGCAAACUUACUAGACUCGCCUUCAAUCAUAGCCUGCCGUUCCUCAUCGUCGGCGAUGACAAGGGUACGGUUAACACAUUGAAACUGUCGCCAAAUCUUCGAAUGAAAGUAAAACCGACGAAGAAGCAGAUGCAUCUGUCUCACAUUGAACUCGAGACGAUGAAACUCGAAAAGCUGCUGAGCUUCGUACGUGAGCCGCCGAUCUUGAUGCCACCGGAGGAUGGAAAAACCGAUAGUGCGCAAUAAAUUUUUUAGUCAAUGAUGAAAAAUCAUUGUUUCUUUUUUGCUUGAUAACGCAAUGGUAAUAGUCUCUAAUUUUUUCUCAACAAUAACAUAUUUUUUACUUCACUGAUUAUCGAGUCGUAGGUAUAUUUGGCACUCAGCUUUUUGUAUAAGUUUGAUCGCAGAAACAUUUACGGUGAAAUGCUUACUUUACAAAUACUAUUUGUAAGCAAUUCCAAUAGUUUUCAACUAAACAAGUUGCUAUCUAGACGUAAAAUCUACCUAAUCUCUAAUAAUAAUCUAUUGUUCCAGCCAAUAUUAAUUCAAACGGUAAUUAUGUUUCAAAAUAAUGUCAUAUCUACAACAAUCACAAUAAAACAUCAAAAAGUAAUUCAACUAAUGAAAAACUAAUUAUUUAAAAUCACAGCUCAUAUUAAAAAACUAAUAAAAAAUAACUGCUGGACGUAUCUUAUCAAUUUUUGUUCUAUUUUUGGCAUGGAACUGUUUGUACCCGAAAAUGUUCAAUGCUUACAAAAAUUUGUAGACGCUUGGUAUUUCAAAAAAUAUACCGACAGCGAAUUCCAAUGUAGUACUUAUACCCUGCUACAGCGAAAUCGGUACAUUUACUUAGUAUCUACAUAGUUUUACCAUGGAUUCUCAAUUUUAUAAGAAAAGGAAAAUUGUUUGUUAAAAGUCUUACAGUGAGAUGGCUUAUCAGUGAUACUAUGCUCGAGAUAAAAUGUCAAUAAUUCUGGUGCUGAUAGAGAGGAAAAGUUUUAAAAAUAUUCAGUAUGUAAAUUUAACUAUUUAUGUCAAAAAUAAAAAUAAAACAAUUAUAUAUAAUAGGUCUACUCUUUCUUCAAUCUGAACUGAAUUAAUUACGAUGUAUAUACGAUGUAUAAGAGUAAACAAUGAUAAAUGACAAAGAAAUAUUAAAGAAAACUUGAUUUU